AUAACCUUUCGCUAUUCAAGUCUAGUAGUGUGCUUACGGUCGCAUUGGGAAGACUUGGAUCAAGUACUUCUAAGUUUUAAUCACAGAAGAGCGAUCAGUUAUCAUGCCAUUCUCACAACUUUUGGGGAAUUUAAGCUUGUGGGCAUCUUUGCCGCCUUUUGUUCUAUCGUAUUUGUUUUACAGCAUGUUUGAUAAUAGCAAUCCGGAAGGACUUGUUACGGAUACUCAAGUAUUUUUGAAUGAAUAUGAUUUUAUCGUCAUUGGUGCCGGAUCGGCUGGAGCUGUUGUGGCUAGUCGUUUGAGUGAAAUAUCAGACUGGAAAGUUUUGCUACUGGAAGCCGGUGGAGAGGAACCUAUGGCUGCCGAUGUUCCCGGUACAGCUGCGGUGCUCCAGCGUUCCAAAGUCGAUUGGAAUUUUAGGACGGAGCCUCAGUCUGAUGCGUGUCUUGCUUUCAGAGACAAAAGAUGCAAUUGGCCACGCGGAAAAGUUAUUGGUGGCUCUUCAGUCCUUAAUUACAUGUUGUACGUCAGAGGAAACAAAAGAGAUUACGAUGAAUGGGCUGCGUUUGGCAACGACGGAUGGUCAUACGAUGAUGUUCUACCCUACUUUAUCAAAUCUGAAGACAAUCGCAAUCCGUAUUUGGCGGCCAAUAAACAGUACCACGGAACUGGAGGUUACUUAACAGUUCAGGAACCGCCAUUUAAAACUCCAUUAGUCACCGCGUUCGUUGAAGGAGGCGUUGAAAUGGGUUUUGACAAUGUCGACUUUAAUGCUGCUCAACAAAUAGGUUUCGCCGCUGCACAGGGAACAAUCCGAAGAGGAACCCGAUGCUCGACAGCCAAAGCUUUUUUAAGGCCCGUCCGCAGUCGGAACAAUCUUCACAUUUCCAUGCAUUCCCAUGUUCACAAGGUGGUGAUUGAUCCAUCAACUAAACAGGCCAUCGCUGUACGUUUCGAAAAAAGAGGAAAAGUCUACCAAGUGAAAGCCAAAAACGAAAUUGUCAUCUCGGCGGGUGCCAUCAACAGCCCGCAAUUGUUGAUGCUGAGUGGAAUUGGUCCAGCUGACCAUCUCAACUCGUUUGGCAUUCCUGUUUUAGCCGAUCUUCAAGUGGGUGAUAACCUUCAAGAUCACCCUGAAAUGGUUGGCCUGGUCUUCCGUUUCGACAAGCCUUUCGGGAUGUUGGAAACUCGUUUCUAUAACUUGGCUACGCUGCUCAAUUACACAAUCAACUCUGCUGGACCCAUGUCAAUGUUGGGUGGUUGCGAAGGGUUGGCGUGGUUCAAGACGAAAUACGCGUCCCAGGAUGACGAUGACUGGCCAGAUGCUGGAAUCGUUUUACUUGCAGGGUCGGCAGCGUCGGACAGUGGGGAUGUUCUCCGCGAGAAUUACGGUUUCAGAGACGACAUUUGGAACGAAUACUACGCACCAAUAGUUAAUACUGACACGUUGCAGCUCGCUCCUUGGUUACUUCGUUCAUUGUCGAAGGGAACUGUCCGGCUGGCCUCGUCUGACCCGUACGCUGCUCCAUUGAUGGAUCCUAAAUACUACAGUGAUCCAAAAGAUCUUGAGACUAUGUUGGAAGCAUUGAAAUUUUCGUUAGCUUUGAGUAAAACGACGGCUUUUCAAAAAUUGGGAAUUAAAGUCUACGACAAAAUUUUCCCCGGCUGUGAGAGUUUUAUUCCAUGGACGGAUGACUAUUGGCGUUGCUUAAUCCGCUACACGACAUCUACCGCGUAUCAUCCGGCCGGCACCUGCAAGAUGGGACCAUCAACAGAUGGCGCUGCCGUCGUUGAUCCUCAGUUGAAAGUUUACGGGAUCAAGGGACUAAGAGUGGCUGAUUGCUCCAUCAUGCCUAAUGUUAUAUCCGGCAAUACCAACGCUCCAGCUAUAAUGAUCGGAGAGAAGGUCUCUGACAUGAUCAAAGAAUCCUGGAUGCGCAUCUGAAAUGAUAAGAAGGGAGUUGCACAGCUGUUAGGAACUCCGGGAGGGAAAAGAAGCUUUUUAAAUAUUAUUUAUUAUGAUUAAUUAUCAAACCUUUUUCUUAUAUUAUUUAUUAUGAUUAAUUAUCAAACCUUUUUAGACUUAAUAAACAACACCAUUUGUCUUUAUGGCA